GAGAAGUUUGUUUCAGCAAAUGGCCUUCGAAAGUGCUUUCACACUGGUGGAAACUCGUCUAUACGUGUCCACUGUCGUCAGCAUUAUGCCUUGUACAAAUCUCGCUGUGAGGAGAACAAAAUCCCUUUGUCUGACCGUGCCAUCCCACGCGAGCUGCUGAAGAAGCAACAAACAGCUGAAGCAGAGGCCAAG